AUGAUUCGUGGCGAUAUCUUUUCCUGUAUUUCUGACGACCUGCUGGGUGUGAUCCUUCGUUCCGUUGCGUCUAACGGCAAUGAUUUCGACUGCAAUGAGUCGCUCGCUAAUAACGAGGACAUUCUUCAGAAGAAAAUCGAGGAUGCAUUGCAGAAGCCGCCGCCAUGCGACAGCCAGCAGUUAGGCACGACUAAGGUCCCUCCUUCCGAGACUUGUUCUUUAGUCACGUUCAGCCACGCUCUGGUCUGCAAGCGAUGGCUGCGCGUCGCCAGCUCAGUGCAUCCCGCGAUCAUCGUGCCGCGCAACCGCUUCUUCUCCGCACGAGCUUUCUCCUCCCUCCUGGCUCCACCAAAAUCUGGGUUCGCGAAUCUUAGUCACCUGCAUUUUGGCGAGUUCGCGUUCGACUCCAUUGACAGCAACCUCGUGCGAUCCAUUUGCACCGGAUGCGGCCCGUCCCUCACGCAUCUCACGAUGCACCUGUACGAUCGAUGGUUCUCGCGAUCCAGCAGCAGACGCCAUGGACAGUCGACCACCCUCGUACCGUCCGAUGUUGCCGCCAUCUUUGAAUCCUGCUCGCGAUUGGUCGAUCUCCAGCUGGACGGCGUUCAGGAGAUUCCGGCUGCCAUCAGCCGUCUGCAGCAGCUCACGAGGCUCAGCGUGAGCCAUUGCCCGCAGCUGACCAGGCUGCCCGAAAACCUUCACCAACUGCCCAAUCUGGACACAGUGGAGCUGAAUGGACUGAUGGCUUUGACAGCAUUACCUGAGAGUAUUGGCCAGCUGCCAGCUCUACAGGAAUUAUGCAUUCACACCUGCUCGCGACUGACGCAACUGCCAGGCUCCCUAUCUAGCAGCCAGACUCUCCGUCGCCUCACAGUCGACAACUGCCCUGACAUGGUCUCGCUACCCGAAGACAUCGGCCAGAUUGCAACUCUCCAGUACCUGCACCUCGACUCCCUUGAUGAGCUCAAUGUGCUUCCCGACUCCGUUGGCCUGCUCUCUGGCAUUAAGGAGCUGAAGAUCGUUGACUGCUCCGAGUUGGAGGGUUUCCCGCAGUCUGUUUCGGCCAUGGAGUCUCUCACCUGCCUCGUUCUCGACGGCUGUGCUGUAAAUGCGUUGCCCGAAGACAUUGGGCAGCUUCAAAACUUGACAUUCAUGAAGCUGUCUUGCACCGGACUCAUGGAGCUGCUGGAAUUUUUUGGGCAGCUUGGGAAGCUGAGGGAGCUGAUUUUGCAUGCGUGCUACGACCUGGCUGAGCUCCCAGCCUCCUUCUCUAACCUCUCUUCACUGGAAACGCUGGAGAUCUACGGUGGAACCUCUCUUGAAAAGCUGCCUUUGGGGUUUGAGCAGCUGCCGCAGCUGAGGAGAUUGGAGCUGUUUAACUGCUCCAUCAGCAAAUUGCCUGACAAUUUUGGAGACUUGGCGAACUUGAAAGAGUUCAAGAUUGGUACCAAGGAUACUUACACCAGGAGAGGGUUUAACGUUGACAGGAGUUUGGAAGCAGAGGCUGUUUCUGAGUCUGACUUACGCGGUUCAUGUGCACUUCUUAGCCAUACCAGUUUGCCUUCGCUACCAGAUAACCUGAGCGACCUGAGAGAGCUGAAAGUACUCCUUCUCAAGGACUUCCCCGCCAUGUCACUGCUUCUUGCCUGCCUGCCCGACCUUUCCAAUCUUGAACAGUUGACCAUCAAGUCUCUCCCGCUACUUACCCACCUGCCCGAUAACCUUGGGCAGCUGAGGGCCAUCAAAUUGCAUGUGCAUUCAUGCAAGGACUUGCAAGGCCUUCCUCCUUCCCUCACCCGCAUGGCCUCCCUCAUAUCCCUGAGCAUCGUUGACUGUCCCCGGAUCACCAGCCUCCCAGAUUCCAUCUCCUCCCUCUCCCACCUCGCAUCUCUGACGCUCAACCACCUGCCUGGUCUGCACCACGUUCCGCCCACUCUCCCCCUCCUCCCGUCCCUUGUCAAACUUUCGCUACGAGGGUGCACUGGAUUACAUGCGUUAUCCAACGACUUGGGCAGUUUGUCCUGUCUGAGGGAGGUGGAUCUGGAUGGGUGCUCGCAGCUAGAGGUGCUGCCACAGUCGCUUCUGGACAGGCAAAAUGUGAUUGAAGUGAAGGGCAUCUGA